AAGGAAAGAAGUGUCAGCUGAGAAAUAAUUAUUAUUACAAUAUUUUAGAGUAUACUAAUUAAUAUGAAAGAUACAUAAACAUGUAAAUUAUAGAUAGAUAGCUUGUUAUAAGGUGACAGAUGAGGACAAAGAGCGAGGAAGAGGACAGUAGAGUCAUCUAGGGAACACAAUCUUCACUAGUCAGUCCUCCUCCUCCACCUACUGCCAACUAGUAAAUAUUAAACCAUUAAUGAUUAUGCCAUCUUGGUAGUUACCGUGGCAGCUGAAGUUUUAAGUUAUUAUGUAAUACUCAGCAAGAAUUGACAGUUGAGUAAGACAACCAUAAUGACAUCGUUUAUGCCUAAUAUGAGUUGUGGACCGUGCCUCUACUGUAACGCCACAUCACAGGACGCCCCGGAGGAGCUUCUCCGUUGUGACUUGUGUCGACGGAGUGCACACGUAUUAUGCCUCAGAUCGGGCACGCCAGACGGAGUUCUCUUGGGGGAUAAUUUCUUUAACUUCACCUGCUCCAUGUGUCAUCAAAGUGGCCAGGACACCACUGUUAGAGCCAGAUUAAAUAUCCCUCAGAUACUGCUGCUGGUGCUGUACAACUUACACAAGACUGAGACCAACACUGCUCGUAGUGGCUUCUUUCACUGGAAGAUCCAUAUUUAUAACUUUAUCAGCCAUCACUGGAAGGAAAUAUUUGGACCAGAAAGUCGUAAAAAGAAGAAAAAAGUGUUGCAAGCUUCGCUGAGCGGGCAACUUAAUAAUUAUGGAAAGUACUUCAUAAGUGGCUAUGAGACCUUGCGAGACGGAGGCUGGUACAGACUAGCAUUUGUUCUUCCACCGGCCCAACUCAUUCAGCGGCAAGUGGCGGAGAAACGUGUAGUGGCUUCUGUAGGUAAUGCCGACCCAGUUAGAUCCAGAAGGAGAAAAAUAUCAAAGGAUGAUUUGUCUAAGGAGACUCCUCACAUUAAGGAAGAGCCUAUAGAAGAAUCAGUGAGUUCUGGUGAUGUUUCAUUUGACAGCCCUGACGACUCCUCUCGGGGCUCGUGGUUCACAGAGAAAGACGUGCUCAAACCCCACGCCUGUCCGCCUCAGGCACUCUUUGAUAGUGAAGAGGAGGAUGAAAAGCACGUGACAAUGAAGGAAGAGGUGAUGGUGAAGAAGGAAGAAGCUGAUAUUGAGUUUGUAGGGGUAAAAGAGGACAAACGAGAUGGUGUAGGGAAAGAAGACGAAGGUGACGCAGAGUUUCUUGAUGUAGACGGAAGUGAAAGCGAAGUGCCACAAAAUAAUAGAGUGGAGACACAGCCAUCCAUAGAGCCACGAUCUUGUGCCCAGGCUUCUCUCUUCACCAGGACCAUCUCUACCGCUGCCUCUAUGUUGAUGGAACACUCAGCACUCUCCAGAGAACUUACCACAGAAAACGUGCGAGCGUUAAGUGGCUAUGAGGAACAACAGCUGCUGCACCAGCUAGAAGAACUACAAGAGUCCGGGCCUCUACCACCUGACCUGCAUCGUUUACGUCGGAAACUUGCCGUCAGGUCUGAGAAGCCCAACCAGUCUGAGUUGUAUGUUUCACAAAGCGAAUACAAGCACGGCAAAGGUGCCAUAAGAGCAUCUCCCAUAACAGAGUAUGAGAAGGAGUACUUGAUAAAAAUUGUCAAGGAAUUCCAGGGGAUAAUUGAUGAUAAAUCGACGAGUUUUGUUGCCGUGUCUAAAAAGGCGGCAGUUUGGCAGGACAUUGCUGCCCGCUUCAAUGCUGCCACAGGAUACAGCAAGUCUUCUCAGCAAGUACGAAAAAUUUGGGAAAAUAUCCGUAAUAGAGCGAGGAAAUAUUAUAUGCGCUUGAAGGAGCACCAGAGUCAGACAGGAGAAGAGCUUCCACUGGGUCUUGUGGACCGCCUCAGUGCUCAGGUCCUUCCUCUUAUUGAGAAGGAGUUGGAGCCUCAAGAUAAUACAAUGGACCCGGAUGCAAGUCUCCAUGUUGAAGCUAUUCUGCAUGAUUCCGAUGCGAAUGACAGCUCGUCCUCACUCAUUAACAACACACACAUAACUCUUCCUUGUCCGGAGGUGACACCAGUAAUUAUAGAGAGAGCUGAACUAGAAGGUUCAACAAGUAAAGUUGAUCUUAGUCUUGUGAACCAUAGUUUACCUGAGCAUGAUAGAACAUCUUCUGUGAAGAGAAAAAUGGUGCCCAGAAAAGGAAAAGCGUAUGAUGCGGCGCUAAAAUUUAAUGCUAAGCGUAACAAAAGACGCCUGGAACUUGAUCAGGCUGUUCAUGAUGAACAACUUAAACUCAUUGAGAUUCAAAAGUGUUAUUAUGAAGAACAUCAUAAGCGGCAAAUGCAAGUUCUUGAAGAGCAAAGAAUUGCGGCGGACCGUCAACACCAGCGACAGCUGCAGGUCCUUGAGUCACAGAAGAACGCAGCCGACCUUGAAAGAAAAUAUUGGGAACUGAAACUUAAAGAUUUAGAAAAGACUUGAGUAUGGAGAAAAAAAUUAUUUAUCUUCUAAGACCAAAAUUUAUUGUAUGUUAUAUCUAGACAUUAUGUUUUAUAUGACAACAGUAUUUUAUCUAACUGACUCAAUUUCUUUGAAGGAAAAAUCGUUUUGUUACUGUGCUUUUUAUAUGAAGAAAACCUUAAAUUAAUAUUUUGUACAAGCCUUCCCAUGUUAUACACCUGUGUGGUUCAAACACAACCUUGUUUACACACUGUACAUUUUAACUGCCCUCCAGACACAUAUUGAAUUACCUUAAUGUAAUCAAAUAGUUCUUUAUAUAUAUACAGAUUAGAAAUAAUUCCCUAAUCUUUCCAUUUUUCUUAUAAUUAUCUAAUAUGGUAAAUUUUAUCCUGUUUAUAGAAGUGUUGUUCUUUGGUAAGAAUACAUUGUUAAGUCAUGUGAGCUGAUGGUUAGUGUAGGGAUCCCGAGCCUGUAGGGGACGUCCUCAGGAGGCGGUGACUUUCUCGCUCUGAAUAAGGCCAGUCACUGUUACAUGUCGUUUGGUGUCUCACAUUGUUGGGGUGUGGAGGUCGUGGUCUCACCGUCGAGGUUAUACAAAAUCUACCACAUUUUUUUUUGUGUUGUAUGGAAAUUGCUGUAGCUUAUUUACAUCUUUUAUUUUUCUUGGGGUUUUUGGUCCUUAAACAUUGACAAUAGAAGCUCACUUGAGUAAUGUACUGUCAGAAACUUCUACUUUAACCCUACACUUGUGUUCAUGUUAAAUCUAUGCAGCACCUUAGCAAAGUUUUAUAAUGUGUCUCUUCAAAUUUCACAAAAUGGCAGUGUUGUUGUGUUGUAGGGUAGCAGGUGUAGGCUAGCAGGUGUAGGCUAGAAGUUGUAGGCUAGCAGGUGUAGACUAGCAGGUGUAGGGUAGCAGGUGUAGGGUAGCAGUUGUAGGCUAGCAGGUAUAGGGUAGCACAUAUAUCACUAAUUCGAAGUUCUGGCUUUGAUCACUUAAGUUGGAACCUUUGCCAAGCUUCUAGGUCCUUUAGCCUCUGCAUACUCAAUACCCAAUGGAUUAUUGAUAGUAUACAGUACAGUGGAGUUGAUGCACAAAUUAAGAUCAAAGAGAAAAAAUGACAAUGAUGAUUAGGAGAAGAAACUUAAGAUGAUGAAAAUGGAGAAGAGAAACUGCAAGAGGAAAUAAAUGAAACAUGAUAGACAUAAUGAAGAUGCCAAGAAGAUUAAUAUUGAUGAUAAUAGAAGGAGAUUAUUAUUAUGUAUUGUAACAUUCUAGAUACAGAUGGUAAUAAUGGAGACUUCAAAGGUUAAAGAAAUUGAAGUCAAGUACAGUAAGUCCUUGAUAUGUGCGAAGACCAUAUUCCUACCAGGAAUUUAAUUAAUGCAAGCAAAAUUCAGCCUUAUGCGAGAUGUCAUACUUUUUGAUAUGGAGUCCAACCCUGAUGACCCUGCAGAUGUCACUCCAACACAAUCACCCACUAUGUUAAGCCUCUACCACCACCUCCAUCAUCUCGUCUACCCAAGCUGAUGUAUCUGCUUUUAUUGAUAAGUACAAUAUUGUAUUGAUUUGUUUUAUGGUUUGUUUGUCUUGAAAUUGGGUCGAGAACAUUUUUAUUUUGGGUUUUGGAACGCAUCCUGUAUUUUCCCAUCUAACUAAGUAUUCAAUAUAUGCAUUUUCUGUUUAUGUGAGGGCUUUCAGGAAGGCAUCCUUUGCAUAUAUUGAUGACUUACUGUCUGGAUAUAUGACAUACUGUGGCUACCUCAAUAUAUUAUUAUUUUCUCUCCUUUCUGUCUUGGGUAAACCUAACGCAUGAAUGAGGAAUUAUGGAAAAGCAAUACCAAGUGUAAAAGACAAGGAGACUGACCUCCAGUAUUGUUGUCCAUCUUCCGUGUGUCCCUAAUUUUUAGUACGUACUGUACAAGUUACAAGGGUGGUGACACACACAAGAUGACUUGGCAGCAGCCUGUUAGAAACUAUUAAUUGGAUUGUAUUAUAUAUAGUUUUAAACCCUUGAUUGGUAUGUUAGUGAGGCAGACAGCAGUGUCACUUGUUGAAAACAUAUUGAUGUCUGUGACAAAUUUUUGGGAUUGGGUGAGUUUUUAAGUCCUUUUAUCAUAUAAGAGGACCAAGACAGUGAGGCCAGGUAACCCUCCACCAUACAAUAGAAUCUCUCACUUAGAACUGAAGGUGGUGAGUAUUGUAAUGUUUGAACACAUCUCAUCCACCCCAUUUACUUAGGAUUGGAGUGAGUUUGAUAGAGAUAGAUUUAGUGGAAUUGAAUACAUUUAGUAUUAGUAUUAACUUUAUUAUUUCUUGUUGUACUCUCCUAAGUCAAAAUACUUACUGCCAGAUAAUAGUCUUAUCUAUAAGCUUUUCACUUCUUCUAGAACCAACUUAAGCCCAAGAGGAGCUACAUUUUGUAUAUUAACCCUUAAAUGGCAGCGAUCAUCUGUGGAAGUUAGCUAUCAGGAUGGUGGUUAUCAUCUGUGGAAGUUUCAUGUUUCUUGUAUUUCAUUUUUGUGUUUAUAGGGGAGAGGGGGUAGUUGGUGAGUCAAUAGCUGCCAAUUAAGGGUUAGUGCCGUAAAAUAUUCCUCUUGAAUGGGCCUAAGUCCCACCUGCUAACCAUGUCUGAACCAUAACAUGCAUCUCUCUUAUUUUAUGUUGUGGUGUUUCAUGAAGAAUCUUAAACAGGUCAGGACAAAACUAGCCAUUUACAGUUUCUCACUUGAACUGACGAGUACAACCUACCUACCAGACGUGGAAUAGUUUUGUCCCGACCAUCUUCAAGUUUCAGACAAUAUUAUGGUGCUAUAAAAGAUUCUUAAGGUUUUGCAUAUAUACAAAUAGACAUGGAAUCAGGUGGGAGUUUUUAUUUAUUUCUUGUGUAUGAUAAGUUGGAGAGAAAAUUGUUUAUAAUGGGUAUUUUUGCUAAACAUUCCAUAUAUUGUCUUUACUGAGAGAAACUGGUGUAUGAAUGAUUUAAAAAAAAAAUCCUUCAUUAUUCAAAACAGGUACAGAAGAUAUCAGUCAGUAUUAUGAUUCAGUUAACGGCCUUUACCCGUCUCUUGAUGUCUCCUGAGCGACCCACUGAAGAUAAAAGGCUUCAUAUGAUCAGGUAUCCAAAGUUGAAAUGAUACUGUUUUUGGAGCUUGUGUAUGCAUGUAUGAGUGUAUGUAUGUAUGUAUGUGUGUGUGUGUAUGUGUUUGUGUACAAAGGAGAUAUUUAUAAUGUGUUAAUGGGCCCAAAAUCAGUAUUGUGCUGACAUUGAACCUGAUAAGACCCCUUCAGUAGGACUUAUACAAAAAUGUACAGUACUUUGCACACUCGAGAGGUUUAUAAUCCAUCCAAAAUUUUAAAAUAUCUUGUUGAUUGGCCAGUGUAGUAUGUGGUAAUUUGGGCAACUCAUCAAUAUGUUCCGAGAUGUAGAAUUUUAACAUCUUAACCUAAAGGGAGUUUUGUUGUGCAUCAUACUUUAAGUGUUUCUUCAGAGCCACAGAUAGCGAGAGUUUGGCCAACUAGACAUCAUGUUGUUACUCACUGUGUGGAAAGUCUUCUUGGGCAGAGGAGCUGCAGCUGUUGUUCUUGGACUGCCUCGCACACAACGAUUGGAUUUAUAAGUAAUAUCACAUUAUUUAGAGAAACUUUUUUUAAUGAGAGGGUUAUUAUAUUAUUACCAAAUUGAUAAUUAUAAAUAUACAAUACUGUAUAUUAUAUACAAAGUAAAUGCAUAUUAAUCAGUAAGUCAUGCCAGCAAAGUUUUAUUAAACAUAAUUUUAAGUAGAAUAAAGCUUAGAAUAGAAAGUGGGUUAUGUGAAGAGCAAAAUUGAUUUAGAAAGUGAAACGGAACUAGAUAAGUUAUAUUUGGUUUUAGAAAUUUGAGUGAAAGGGCUUUAGAGGUCCAAAUAAAUUUGAAUAUCAGCUUUGUUGAUUUUGAAAAAGCUUGAGAUUAGAUAAAGCACAAUAAACUUAUAGAGAUCUUGGAAAAGCUAGGCACAAAGAUUGGAGAUACUAUAAUUUUAAAGAAUCUUUACUAAUUUUGAUAUUGAAAAAGUAUUUUUAGCCACGAAAAUACUGAUACAGAGUGGACAUUAAUAACAAUAUUGAUAUAGCUGAACCAUUUGAGAGCCUGAGCUCUCUUACUGGCAACAAGAGGCUGCAGUGUUCGUAAAUAAUGAACAGUAUCUGCACUGACUCUAUGCUUGCUGAACUGUAUAACUGCAUAGUUUAUAAACAUACUUAUCUUAUUGUAAACAUAUAUCACAAUCUUACUGAUUAAAUAGUAUCAUCAUCAUCAUCAUCAUCAUCAUCCUUUACAGUACGAACACAAACUUCAUCAUCUGAAUAACAACACAGCACUCUUGUAUCACGGGACCAGCUCAACCAUUCAGGUUCAUUCACCGGGUUGACUGAACUCUCGAUCUACGGCACUGGGUUUUUUGUUGUACAUCUUACCUUAAGGGGGGUUUGUUGUACAUCCCAGAAAUGUUGAUAGGUGCCAGACCACACAAAUAGUCUUUCUGGUUUAACUUAUGAAUGUUCCUUUCAGCCCAACAAGUACAAUACCCGGUGUGGAUCUAGUGGGGAUGGUGAAAGAGGCCGCAUUCCUCAGGUUUUUCCAUUGUUUUUGUUUUGUAUGUCAUGAAAACUUUUUAUAUGUGACUUUUAUGUAACUUCUUUUUGCAGAAUUCAAUAAAUAUAUUGAUUUAAA